AUGUGGCAGCUGAGGCUGACAAGUGCGUCCUGGCUAGUCAGCAGCCCUGCGCAGCUGCCCUCCUCCCUACUGGUCUUGGAUCUGAGGUACUGGAUGGUCACACGUUCGUCGCAGCAGCAGCUCCGCCUCGUCAAAAGUCUUCGGCUUCGGUGGUGUGUGAAACACCAAGGCUGGCGCUCACUAGUGGCCGAGAGCGUCGGCCAUGCCGGCAGGCUGCUUUGCAUCCACGACUCCGUCUCUGGCCGACGUUUCCUCUGCGACACAGGGGCGCAGCGGAGUCUACUGCCUGUGGACGUGGUGGCGGACACCCACGGCCCCCCCAUGGAAGCCGCCGAUGGAAGCCCUAUCCGUACCUCCCUUCAUAUCGCUCUCUCAAAUGCAGACAAUAAGGCUGCAGCGGUGCUGGCCCUAAGCGGUCAGAGCGGCAUCGUCAAAGACGCCAUCGAGGAGUUAGAGCAGGUGCGAGCCGCGAGGAGGCAAGGCGACCAGGCUGCGCGCGCUCCUCCAUCUGAACGGGAAGGUGGGCAUGAUGGCGAGGAGCCGCGCGUUAACCAGGACGCGUACUGGUCGGUGCGGGACCGCCACGUGGUGGCCGCCUGCCAGGGGAUGAUGAAGGUCACUGCCGGGUGCCUGAGGAAAACCAUGGCGGCCCAUCAAGGAAAUCAGCCCAGGGUUCGCGUGCAAACUGAGCAACGCACAAACACCCACGCGCACACGCCACCUAUUUAUCUGGAAGAAUAUCUUCCUUCCCACGCACAUAUUUGGGAAGGUUAUAUUUGCUAUUGUUUGGAAUGCAACAACACCCAAGCUUGGCAGCAGCACUCAAGUGACAAAGAAAAAUGCUUUUCGCUAGAUAGGUUUCUAGUUUUCACACGCCUGGUUGUAAUUAAAGACUACAGCAUGAAUACAGGCCCACGCUUGGCAAGAAGUCAGCCAAACGGACUGUGCACAGGUGUGAAGAAACAAGCAGAUAUUUGGGUGUGUUUAGGAACACUGCCAGAUGCUUCCGGCUCCAUCCAUCUCACAAGUUUUGCCCGCAAACAGAAUUCGGCUUUGUCAAGCUGUCGUCUUCCUGUCUGUCACCCCCAAACCAGGUCCAGUCACAUCUGUGGUGAAGCCGAGCUGACCUGGCUUGAGUUCUUGGACCAGGCCGUGGACCACAACCCGCAAAAAGCCAAAGAUCUCCUUUGGCUGGACAGCUAGUUGUGCGCAUGUGUGUCUGUGCCUGGAAGUUAUGCUUGUGUAUUAUUUUCCGGUUUGUGUGUGUGUUUUUGUGUGCUUGCGUGCGUCCCAUUUCAACUCUGGAUGGACAACAGAGUGGAAGGGAUCAAUCGUUAUCAGCUGCUACACAGCUCUUGAGAUUCUCAGGUCUCCUGAAAUUUGCUGAGUCUCUUUGUCAGCUAAAUAAAUUGAUGUUGCAAACUUCA